AAGCGUGACGCGCGAUCAGCUGGGACUGAGAAGGAAAGCUUUGGCAAGUCAAUUUACAAAUGUUAUUGAUAAAUGAGAGAUGCACUUUGUGGUUUUUCCUCACACGAUAAAACUGUGGUGUGACCGAGGUUAAGUUAACUGUUGCUGCGCAGAACUGACGCCCGCCAUCAAACUUUAUUUACAGCAGAACCUUCAUCCACAUGCAUAACAAUGGACUCUAAUGGAGCAGCGUAAGAUGAGAUGACGUCUGUGUGUUUUACGCAGUGAAAUCCGAGCAAAGCCAGAAUCACGUAAAUGAACUCCAGUGAAGCAUCAGCUCAGCCUCAUGUCGUUUCUGGACUGCUCCUGUAUCUCCUCCCACUCACGAGUCCAGUCCUUCAGCAUAGAGGAGCAGUAUGAAGACAUCAGCCAGCAGUGCUCGAGCAGUGAUGUCUCUCCGUGUUCUGUGUUGAUGGAUGAGGAUGACAUCACAGGUCUCUCCACUGACCCCGCCCACUAUCAGCUGCUCUCACAACUGGGCCGGGGCUUUAAUAACCUCAGUCAGGUGAGCAUGGCUCGACACACACUGUCUGGCCGGCUGGUGGCGGUGAAGAACACUGACCUGGAUGAGUGCACAGAAGAUGAGCUGCUGCAGCUGAUGAAUGAGGCUCUGUUGUCCAGACUCUUCCGUCACCCGAACCUGCUGACGUCCAGACAGGUGUUCAGCUCGUGCUGUCAGCUCUGGGUUCUGUCUCCUCUCAUGAGCUACGGCUCUGCAGACUCUCUGCUCCGGUCGUAUUUUCCGGAUGGAAUGAGCGAGUCUCUGAUAGCGUACCUGCUGUACGGGGUGCUCCGAGCGCUGGAGUACCUGCAUCACAUGGGUUACGUGCACAGGGGUGUGAAGGCCAGUCAUGUGCUGCUGUCAGCUGAAGGCCGUGUGUGUUUGUCGGGACUGCAGAGUGUGUACAGUCUGAUGAAGGAUGGCAAGAGGAUGAGAGCAGUGUUUGACAUGCCUCAACACAGUCUGUCUCUGCUGCCCUGGCUGAGUCCUGAGCUGCUGCGACAGGAUCUUCACGGCUAUGGAGUGAAGUCAGACGUCUACAGUCUGGGAAUCGUGGCGUGUGAGCUGGUCAGUGGCAGAGUGCCGUUCCAGGACGUGCCGCCCACUCUGAUGCUGCUUCAGAAGCUGCAAGGUUCUCACUGCUGUCUUCUCGACGUCCCUCCUUAUCCUCUCAGAGACAUGGGUGCGCUCAAGGUGUCCCGCUCCGGGGUGGAUUCGGGGAUCGGCGAGAGUGUUGCGACCGGAAGUCUGACCCGUACUGCCACAGCGGAGAGACCUCAAAGCCCCGCCCCCAAAAACCACUCGGCCACACUGCACAACCUGGUCCAGCUGUGCCUGCAGCAGCAGCCUGAGCGCAGGCCGUCUGCGACAGCUCUCCUCACCCAUCCCUUCUUCAGACAGGUGAAGAAACACACGAGGGACUCUUUCCUCAGUUUGAUGUAUCCGGCCGUGCCAUUGUCCUGUCCUCCAGAUAUGCCUCCGUCUGAAACACCCACCCAGACCUGCAACACCCCGUCACCCACCCACCCUGAGCCCGAGGAUAGCUUGUGGGAUUUCUCUUGAACCUCGUCGUCUGUUUCUGUCUCUCCCGUCCAAUUCUUGAUAUAUAUUCCAUAUUAAUUUGUCCUAUCCAGCAGCUAGAUUUGGUCAUUUUGCUGUUCACUUGGUUUGUGUUUAUGUCACACCAUGUUACUUUAGCCCCGCCCACAGUGAACUCACUAAAUCUCUAUAUGGACCAAAGUAUUGAUGACAUCAUCUUGCACUCAUGGGCGUAUCUACAUUUUUAGCCAAUCAAACAUCUGCCUAGACAUUUCCUGAUUAACAAAAGCAAGUAUAUACUCGUUAAUAAUGUCUGUGCCCUCAACUAAAAGCCAGUUAGCCUUGGGCCGCACGAUUAAUCAAAAUAAAACUGAAAUUGUGA